AAGCUCGCGAUGAUUUUCCGACCUCUCUUAAUUUUUGUCACGUUAUUCGCCUUGGCACUGUGCCAGGAAGACUAUGUUGAAGAACUUGCGGAGAAUACCACAACUACAACAGAAGGUUCCACAGUUUCCUCUGAUUCCUCCACCGCUGGAUCCUCCGAAGCUCCGUGCCAGGAUGAUCCCUCGACAGAUUGUGCAUCUUUAAAAAACCUCUGUACAAAUUCCAAGUACACCCCAAUGCUCAAAGCCUUCUGCCCAGUAACCUGUAACAUGUGCCCAGGAGCCACUACCCCAGAACCACCAACUGCUGAUCCAAAUUGUCAUGAUAACAGCUCAAACUGCGUCAACUGGGUGAAAAACGGCUUCUGCUCAAAUUGCUUCUACAAAUGCUCAGAUCGCAUUAAGAACUGUGCCAAGUCGUGUGGCUUCUGCACGCCCGGCUCCUGCAAGGACUGCACAAAUAUGAAGCAUUUCAUGAAGUUUAUCGAGGACCCUAUUGAUCUAGAAUAAUAAUUACAAAAAUAUCUUUGGAAUUGUAAAUAUUGUUAUUUGAAUAAAUAUUAAAAAUCU